AUGCACUCAAACGGCUAUAUCCAUAGAGACAUAAAGCCAGAGAAUAUUUUACUAGACAAAAACAACAACGUUAAGAUUGGAGAUUUCGGGCUUUCCAGGUAUCUAACUACAUCAUCUGUGGGAGGGACUCCUUUUUACUAUUCUCCAGAAAUGUGAAGAGGGGUUCUCCCAUCCAAAGAAAGCGACAUAUGGGCUCUUGGGAACGUUUUAUAUUUCCUUUGCCAGCUUAAGCAUCCAUUUGAAGGAAAUGCUUAUAAAGUUCAGAAUGAAAGACACUCACCUAUUAGAGAUUAUUACUCGAAUGAGCUUAACUCCCCCUCCGUGAGUGAAAAAAACCAUUGGAAAAGUCCCUAUUUUUUGCCGCCCUCCAUGAGCGAACAAAAAUUUUAAAAAAAAAUUUAAUAUAUAAGUGAUAAUGAUUAUAACGAAAUUUCUAGCUAAUUCUUUUUAAUUUUAAACAGCUUGCAUUUUAAAACAUAAAUUUUACAAAUUAAAUAAAUAUUUGCUUUCCAGGUUUUGCAAUUGGGAGUUUUUUAAAUUUCGAAAAAAAAUUUUAUAAAUUUUAAAUAGCAAAAAAUUAACCCUCUCCUCGAGCAACAAAAUUUCUUGCUCGCUCACGAAGGGGAAAGUAAGUAUAUAGUUGAUUGGUGCAUGAAAAAAGAAAUGAGCGAAAGACCCUCUAUAAAUGACAUUUUAAGCCAAAAUUUUGUGAUUGAAAAAGUAAAUACUUUGGGGAUAAAAAUUCCUUCGCUUUCUAUUGUAGAGCGUCUCAUGAGAAGCAAUAGGAGUAGCUUUGAAGAGGAAAAAAGCAUUUCCUAUAACAAAGCUAGAAAGUCAGCCUCACCACCUAGAAAUAAAUUGAUAAUGCAGAGUGAACAGCUAAAAGCUACUAGACUUGCAGGGUCUGGAGAUUAUAAAUCACCAUAUGAUAAAAUGAUAUUAGCUAUUGUGGAUAAUUUUUUUGUGUACCAACAUACUAAUCCCCCUUGAUUAAAGAGCGAAGUAUAGAUAAAUCCCCAGAAUUUUUUUUAAAAAUUAUUUGAUAUAUAAUUAAUGAUUAUAAUAAUGAAUUGCUCAAUAAUUAUAUUAAAAUUUAGAAUGUUUCCACCAAAAAAUAUUAUAAAUUUAAAUAAAUUAACCAUUAAUAAGCUAGCUCAAAAUCUUUUCAGAGGAAUAAGUGUCCAUAUUGUGGAAGAUCGUUUAGCGAAUAUUUUGGGAAUAUGCAUAUUCCGAUUUGCGCGAAAAAAGCUAAGGCUGAACAGUUAAAAAAAGGAGGAAAACAACCACCUCCAAGAGCUGGCAAAAGAUAA